AUGCAACGGAAGAAAGUCUUCAACGUUUCCUUGUUCCUGGAUCUUCACGCUGUAACUUGUCCAGGGGUCUGGCUGUGCCCGAAGGGUAAGGUGGCGGUAAGGGUAGCAAUCUUUGGUGUCUCUGAAUCGACCAAGAAACUGACUCCAUCUUUUCCCCUUUUCUUUCAUGAGAGGUUUCACUUCCAGAAGAAGUACAAGAAGGUGAGCAGUCUUCAUCAAGUAGAGAGGGUUCUUCAUCGGGCACCGGUUCUCUUGGAACUACUCCAGUAUCCUCAAGGUACAACGGAAUGUGUAAAGCUGGCCGAGUUCAGGGCUGCCGUAGGAGACAUAAUCUUCCCCCCGGGAGGUGAUAUGGAUCUUCUCUUUAGCACCACAGAUACAUUCCCGGGCAUAAUUGGCCCAAAAGGAGAAGUCACUACUCAACUUACGUUGACUGAAAGUGGAAUCAAAGACAAUGCUGUGCCAACUACAGUUUUAUCAAAGGGGACUAAGGGAAAGCAGAUCGAAGAACCUCUGAUCCGACAGAAGCCUGUCUGUCAUACGAAACAUUACUUGUAUUGCGGCUGCUUUGAUAAGAAUGCACCACAACGAAUGCUCGCAAAGGUCAUGAAGAGGCAGAAGGAUCUCUUGGUCAAGAAACGGACCAGGCAGGAAGCAAUCAAGCAGACUCCUGCACACAUAAUGUCUCAUAAGAACCAUGGUGAUUUUCUGCCAGGCUAUGAUGAACAAUCCAACGACUUUGAUAGCGGUGAAGUAAAAUUUGGAAGGUGCAGCUGCUGCCAAGAGCAAGCUGCAUUCGGACCAACGUCAAAUCGGUCUCCAUCCAGAAUAUCAGAGGUGAGUUCUAAAGGAAAAAAUAUGAAGGAUGGAUUUAUACCUCAGACAAUGCCACAAUCAAGACGGACCUCAUCUAUGGACUACCAAUAUAAUAACUUUGUGCCUGAAGAAGAGGAGAACAAUCCUUCCGAGACGGUCCCUUUAUUACCUCACAAGGAGGACGGAUCGUGUUGUUUAUGCUGUCCUCGUGCGCCAGGUUAUGUUUUUAAUAUUUAUUAUUCUAAGAAUAUUUCCUAGUAUGAAGAGAAAAUCUUCAACAGAGAUGAAUAAGGAUCGAGAUAUACAAUCUUUUCCUGCAGAAUUGAAGAAUCAUCAGCAUUAUCCUAUGGUGGGAAAGAACAAUCAUUCAAACAGUCCGAACAAUCAGUCCAGUCCCACUGAGAUAAGGAAGCAUCAGUCCGAUCCUACCGAGAGGGAUAUAAAUCAGUACAAUCCUUUGCAGAAGAUGAAGGAUCUUCAGUUAUUACCUUGUCCUUUGUGUGACUGCAGCAAUAAACUGGUGCAACUUAUCAGGAAACGUAGCGGUGAUAAGCAGAAGGAAGACAUCUCAAAGCCUCUUUUCUACUCGAACCUCUGCAAAGCUUACCAACGGCUCAUGCAAGAAUACUAUCUUACACCUGCCGUCAAAUCCUCUGGUAACUUUAAUCGUCCGGGUACAUUUUAG